AUGGCACCUGGAUUAGUCGACCCUGAGCCUGCCGUCUCGCAGUCGGCAGUGCGUACACUCUCGUCAAUCACCGAGGAGUACGACGACACACUGAGAUUCUACCUGAACGGCACAAAGGUGGUACUCGACACAGCGGACCCUGAAGUCACAUUGCUCGAGUAUAUUCGUGGAAUCGGCUUGACAGGGACGAAGCUCGGUUGCGCCGAGGGAGGCUGCGGUGCCUGCACAGUUGUCGUGUCACAGUUCAACCCGACGACAAAGAAGAUAUACCAUGCCUCGGUCAACGCAUGUCUGGCUCCUCUGGUCAGUGUGGAUGGCAAGCAUGUCAUCACUGUCGAGGGAAUUGGCAGUGUCAAGAACCCACAUCCCGUGCAAGAAAGAAUAGCCAAAGGAAAUGGUAGUCAGUGUGGUUUCUGCACGCCUGGCAUAGUUAUGAGUCUUUAUGCCCUGCUACGAAACACGCCCGAACCGACAGAACACGAAAUCGAAGAAGGAUGCGACGGUAAUCUCUGUAGAUGCACAGGAUACAGACCCAUCCUCGACGCCGCCCAGACCUUCAAGAAGUCAUCCUCCAACGGCAGUGGCUGCUGCAAAGACGACGCGUCAGCUGUUUCUACCGAGGGAGGAUGCUGCAAGACAAAUGGAAACGCUACAAAGGUCACACCUCCGUCGAAAGGCUGCGGAAGAGUGGGAGGAUGCUGUCAGGACGGCAAAGAAUUCGUUGAUGAUCAACCCAUCAAGCGAUUUACGCCUCCUGGCUUCAUCGAAUACAAUCCAGACACACAACUCAUCUUCCCUCCAGCGUUGAAGAAACAUGAGCUCAAGCCGCUGGCUUUUGGCAACAAGAAAAAGAAGUGGUUCAGACCAGUCACACUACAACAAUUGCUCGAGAUCAAGAGCGUUUAUCCUUCAGCGAAGAUCAUCGGUGGUUCGUCAGAGACACAGAUCGAGGUCAAGUUCAAGGGUAUGCAGUACACCGCCUCGGUGUUUGUUGGUGACAUUGCCGAGUUGCGCCAAUACGAGUUUCACGACGACUACCUGGAGAUUGGCGGCAACGUUGUCUUGACCGACCUCGAGCAGAUUGCCCGCGACGCAAUCGAGCGAUAUGGACCCACCAAGGGACAGCCCUUCAUAGCAAUCCUCAAGCAACUGAAGUACUUUGCCGGGCGUCAGAUCAGAAACGUCGGUACACCAGCUGGAAAUCUGGCUACUGCUUCACCUAUCUCUGACUUGAAUCCCGUAUUCAUGGCAACAAAUGCUACCAUUGUUGCCAAGUCGCUCGAACAGACUACCGAGAUCCCCAUGUCCGACUUCUUCAAAGCAUACAGAUUGACUGCACUGCCUCCGGAUGCCAUCAUUGCAAGCAUCAGAAUUCCUGUCUUCAAGGAGAAGAACGAACACAUGCGCGCAUACAAGGUGUCGAAGAGAAAAGACGAUGAUAUUGCUAUUGUAAACGCUGCUCUUCGCGUGAUCCUGAGCGACUCGAACGACGUCAAAGACUGCAGCCUGGUUUACGGCGGUAUGGCCCCUGUCACCAUCUCCGCCAAGGAGGCAGUGAAGGCUCUGACCGGCAAAAAGUUUACAGACCCAAAGACUCUGGAAGCAGUAAUGAAUGCAUUGGAGAAGGACUUUGACUUGAGGUUCGGUGUACCCGGUGGUAUGGCAACUUACCGCAAGUCUCUGGCUCUUGGCUUCUUCUACCGCUUCUACCACGAGAUCUUGUCUGAGCUUCCCGUCACGGAUGCAAACAUUGAUCACGAUGCUCUUGGUGAAAUUGAGCGUAUCAUCUCGUUCGGCAAAAAGGAUCACAAGGCUGGAGAAGCCUAUGAACAGAAGAUUCUUGGCAAGGAGCAACCGCAUGUGGCAGCUCUGAAGCAGAGUACUGGAGAAGCACAGUACACAGAUGACAUUCCCGUACAAAAGAAUGAACUCUACGGAUAUAUGGUCUUGUCGACCAAAGCACAUGCCAAGAUUACCGGCGUGGACUAUGAGGCUGCUUUGGAGAUUCCGGGUGUCAUCGAAUGGGUCGACCACAGAGAUUUGCCCAACCCCGAAGCCAACUGGUGGGGUGCGCCAACUUGCGACGAGACCUUCUUUGCUGUUGACGAGGUCUUCUGCGCUGGCCAGCCGAUCGGUAUGGUUCUGGCUACCUCGUCCAAACUCGCCGAAGCUGGUGCUCGUGCAGUCAAGGUCGAUUACGAGGAACUGCCAGCAAUAUUCACCAUCGAGGAGGCUAUUCUCAAGGAGAGUUACUUCAACCACUACAGAUAUAUUCAGAACGGUGAUGUCGUCAAGGCCUUUGCCGAAGCUGACCACGUCUUCACUGGUGUCGCUCGUAUGGGUGGUCAGGAGCAUUUCUACUUGGAGACCAACGCUUGUGUUGCUGUUCCCAAGCCCGAAGACGGCGAGAUGGAAAUUUUCAGCAGUACUCAGAACCCUUCCGAAACACAGACAUAUGUUGCUCAAGUGACCGGAGUCGCUGCGAACAAGGUUGUUUGCCGUGUGAAGCGUCUCGGUGGUGGGUUUGGUGGCAAGGAAACUCGCUCCAUCCAGCUUGCGGGUAUCGUUGCUACAGCUGCCAAGAAGGUCGGUCGUCCAGUUCGCUGUAUGCUUAACCGCGAUGAGGAUAUCUUGACUUCGGGUCAAAGACAUCCUUUCCUUGCUCGCUGGAAGGUCGGAGUUAACAAAGAUGGCAAGCUCCAAGCUUUGGACGCAGAUGUGUUCAACAAUGGUGGUUGGAGCCAGGAUCUCAGUGGUGCAGUCGUCGAUCGUGCACUCUCUCACAUCGACAACGUUUACAAGAUCCCCAAUGUGUUCGUCCGUGGUCGCGUUGCCAAGACCAACACAGUGUCCAACACUGCUUUCCGUGGAUUUGGUGGUCCUCAAGGCAUGUUCAUCACCGAGACAUUCAUGUCGGAAAUCGCAGACAAACUCAACAUGGAUGUGGAUGAUCUUCGCGAGAUCAACUUGUACCAGCCCGGCGACAAGACCCACUUCCUUCAAAAGCUCGAGGACUACUAUGUGCCCUUGAUGUACAAGCAAGUCAAGGAAGAAUCCAACUACGUCGAGAGGAAGAAGGAGAUUGUCGCCUACAACGAGAAGAGCAAGUACUUCAAGCGCGGUAUCUCGAUGAUUCCUACCAAAUUCGGUAUCUCAUUCACUGCCCUCUUCUUGAACCAGGCAGGUGCCUUGGUACACAUUUACCACGAUGGUUCCGUCCUCGUCGCACACGGAGGAACAGAAAUGGGUCAAGGUCUCAACACGAAAAUGAUCUCCAUCGCCGCCGAGGAUCUCGGCGUGGCCAUGGAAGAUGUUUUCAUCUCCGAGACUGCAACAAACACCGUCCCAAACACCUCUUCUACAGCUGCCUCAGCAUCCUCAGAUCUCAACGGCUAUGCCAUCCACAACGCCUGCGCACAACUAAACGAGCGCCUCGCCCCUUACCGAGAGAAACUCGGUCCCAAAGCUACAAUGAAAGAGCUUGCUCACGCCGCCUACUUCGACCGCGUCAACCUUUCUGCUCAAGGCCACUACAAGACCCCAGAUAUCGGCUACGUCUGGGGGCCCAACACGGGUCAAAUGUUCUUCUACUUCACACAGGGCGUUGCCUCCGCCGAAGUCGAAAUCGACACGCUGACCGGCGAGUGGACAUGUCGUCGCGCCGACAUCAAAAUGGACGUCGGACGCAGCAUCAACCCGGCCAUAGACUACGGACAAAUCGAAGGCGCGUUCGUGCAGGGCAUGGGUCUCUUCACCAUGGAAGAAUCACUCUGGCACCGCAGCAGCGGUCAACUCUUCACCCGUGGCCCGGGCAGCUACAAGAUCCCUGGAUUCAGAGACAUCCCUCAGGAAAUGAAUGUGAGCUUGCUCAAAGAUGUGAAUUGGGAGAAUUUGCGCACGAUUCAGCGGUCCAGGGGUGUCGGUGAGCCGCCGCUGUUUAUGGGCUCUGCAGUCUUCUUUGCCAUCAGAGCUGCGUUGAAGGCGGCGAGGAAGCAGUGGGGUGAGGAGGAAGUGUUGGAGUUGCAUUCGCCGGCGACGGUGGAGAGGAUCAGAUUGAGUUGUGCGGAUCCGAUUGUCAAGAGGAGUAUGGUUGUGCCGCAGGAGGGCGAGAAGAGUUUCUUCAUGAGCAUUUAG